AAAUAAUGAUAUUUCUAAACAAGAAUUUUACAAUUUACAUGGCUUUUUAACUAAUAUUUUCAUAAAACUGUAACAAAAUGGUUUUGGCCGAUUUAGGCCGUAAGAUUACUUCAGCCCUUCGGGGUCUGAAUAACGCUAGUAUCAUCAAUGAGGAGGUUUUGAAUUCUAUGCUGAAAGAUAUCUGUGCAGCACUUUUGGAAGCCAAUGUUAAUGUUAUGCUAGUUAAAAAACUUAGAGAAAAUGUACGCAAUGUUAUUGAUUUUGAUGAAAUGGCUGGUGGCCUGAAUAAGAGACGCAUGAUACAAAGUGCAGUAUUUAAAGAAUUAGUGAAAUUAGUAGAUCCUGGUGUCAAAUCAUAUCAGCCUGUUAAAGGUCGACCAAAUAUAAUCAUGUUUGUAGGGCUUCAAGGUUCCGGUAAAACAACAACUUGUACAAAAUUAGCAUAUUAUUAUUUAAAAAAAAAUUGGAAAACUUGUCUUGUAUGUGCGGAUACUUUUCGAGCUGGAGCAUAUGAUCAGUUAAAACAGAAUGCUACCAAAGCUCAAAUACCUUUUUAUGGAAGUUACACAGAAGUUGAUCCUGUUGUGAUAGCUCAAGACGGUGUUGAUAUGUUUAAAAAAGAAGGUUUUGAAAUAAUAGUUGUUGACACAAGUGGACGACAUAAACAAGAAGCUUCCUUAUUUGAAGAAAUGUUGCAAGUCUCAAAUGCUAUUAAACCAGAUAAUAUUGUGUUUGUUAUGGAUGCAACAAUUGGUCAAGCAUGUGAAGGGCAAGCUAGAGCUUUUAAAGAUAAAGUGAAUAUUGGUUCUGUAGUUAUCACUAAACUUGAUGGUCAUGCAAAAGGAGGAGGUGCGCUAAGCGCUGUGGCAGCUACAAAAAGUCCAAUUAUUUUCAUUGGUACUGGUGAACAUAUUGAUGAUUUUGAACCAUUUAAAACAAAGCCAUUUGUGUCUAAACUACUUGGUAUGGGAGAUAUUGAAGGACUUAUUGACAAAGUAAACGAAUUAAAAUUGGAAGAUAAUGAAGAGCUGAUCGAGAAAAUAAAACAUGGACAGUUUACAAUCAGAGAUAUGUAUGAACAGUUCCAAAAUAUUAUGAAGAUGGGUCCAUUUUCUCAAAUCAUGGGAAUGAUACCAGGAUUCAGUCAAGACUUUUUAUCUAAAGGUAGUGAAAUGGAAUCAAUGGCUCGAUUAAAAAAACUUAUGACAAUCAUGGACAGUAUGAAUGAUGGAGAAUUAGAUCAUAGAGAUGGAGCAAAGUUAUUUACAAAACAACCAGGACGUAUAAUUAGAGUUUCUCAAGGAGCCGGUGUAACAGAACGUGAAGUAAGAGAGCUUAUAUCACAGUAUACAAAGUUUGCUGGUGUAGUAAAAAAAAUGGGUGGAAUCAAAGGAUUAUUCAAAAGUGGCGAUAUGUCUAAGAAUGUUAAUCCAUCACAAAUGGCAAAACUCAAUCAGCAAAUCACAAAAAUGAUGGAUCCCAGAGUCUUACAACAAAUUGGUGGUAUGCCCGGAUUACAAAAUGUUAUGCGACAGUUACAACAAGGUGCUGGAGGAGGUCUUGGUAAUUUAAUGGGUGGAUUAGGAAAAUAAAAUACUUGUUAACAAAUAAAAAAUAUUAUUUUCUUUAGAA